GAGGCUGCAGCUGGGCGGGGUCUGCUCAGUCCAGGACCAGACCAGGACCAGACCGGGACUCAGCGGGACUCAGAGCGCCUCUGCCCGGUCACGUCUCUGCACAGCCCCCGGUGAAACGGCUCCAGCUCUGGAACCGGCUCCGGGACCAGCCCCGGCUCCGGCUCCAGCCCCGGCUCCAACCCCGGCUCCAGCCCCGGCUCCAACCCCGGCUCCAACCCCGGCUCCAACCCCGGCUCCGGCUCCGGCUCCAGCCCGGCUCCAGGCGGCAUGGGCCGGCUGUGUGGCCGAGCGUAGCGCGCUGGUUCGGGCUUGGAGCUGCAGGAUGAGCGUCGCGCUGCAGGAGCUCCGGAACACCAUGUCUAAUUACAAACGGGCGACGCUGGAGGACGAGGAUGCGUCAGAUGCCCUCCCAGAGUCCGGCUCGAGUCCCGGCGCAGACCCGGAGCAGGACCAGGUGGAGGUGGGCUUCAGGAGGUCCGGUCCGGGGUCCGGUCUGAGGUCCGGUCUGGGUCUGGGCAGGAGGACCCGGCUCGAGGUUCUGCUGGCGGUCCUGCUGCUCCUGUCGCUCCUGUCGCUCUCCGUCUGUGUGCUGCUGCUCGGACUCCAGCUGGGAUCAGGCUCGUCUCUGUGCGUGACGCGGGCGUGCGUGGCGGUGGCGGCGCAGGUGUCGGAGUCGAUGGACCGAACCGUGGACCCGUGUCAGGACUUUUAUCAGUUCUCGUGCGGCGGGUGGAUCAGGAGGAACCCUCUGCCCGACGGGCGCUCGCGGUGGUCCACCUUCAACAGCAUCUGGGAGCAGAACCAGGCCCUGCUCAAGCACCUGCUGGAGAAUGGGACCAGCUCCGGGGGCAGUGAGGCCGAGAGAAAGACUCAGGCCUUUUAUCUGUCGUGUCUAAACUCGGCCAAAAUCGACGAACUCGGAGCCGCGCCGCUCACACAGCUCCUCAACAAGAUCGGGGGCUGGAACAUCACGGGUCCGUGGGAGAAGGAGAACUUCAUGGAGGUUCUGAAGGUGGUGUCAGGUCCCCUCAGAGCUCAGCCCUUCUUCAGCGUCUCAGUGAGCACCGACCCCAAGAGCUCCAACAGCAACGUCAUCCAGGUCGACCAGUCUGGACUCUUCUUACCCUCCAGAGAUUAUUACCUCAACAAGACAACAAACGAGAAGGUCCUGGAGGCGUACCUGGAGUACAUGGUGGAGCUGGGGACUCUUCUGGGCGGGGAGCGGGACUCGACUUUGGUCCAGAUGAAGCAGAUUUUGGAUUUUGAGACGAUUUUGGCGAAUCUGACAGUUCCACAAGAUCAAAGACGAGACGAGGAGAAGAUUUACCACAAGCUCUCCAUCGCAGAACUGCAGGUUCUGGCUCCGGCUGUGGACUGGUUGGAUCUUCUGUCCUUCGCUCUUUCUCCUCUGGAGCUGAACGACUCGGAGCCUGUGGUCGUUUACGCCAAAGAAUAUUUACAACAAGUGUCCGAACUGAUCAACCGCACGAGCAAGAGUGUGUUGAAUAACUACAUGCUGUGGACGUUGGUGCAGAAAAGUGUGACGAGUUUGGAUCAGAGAUUUGAAAACGCACAAGACAAACUGUUAGAAAGUCUCUACGGUACCAAGAAGUCGUGUACUCCGCGCUGGCAGACUUGUAUCGGUUACACAGACGACACUCUGGGCUUCGCUCUGGGGGCGCUCUUCGUUAAAGCCACGUUCGACAAACACAGCAAAGGAAUCGCGGAGGAGAUGAUAAACGAGAUUCGGACGGCGUUUAAACAAAGUCUGGACCAACUGCACUGGAUGGACCCGGAGACGAGACAGAACGCCAAGGAAAAGGCUGAUGCGAUCUACGACAUGAUCGGUUUCCCCGAGUUCAUCCUGGACCCAAAAGAACUGGACGACGUUUACGACGGGUACGAGGUUUCUGAGGAGAGUUUCUUCCAGAACAUGUUGAACUUUUAUAACUUCUCGUCUCGAGUGAUGGCCGACCAACUCCGCAAGACGCCCAACAAAGACCAGUGGAGCAUGACUCCGCCCACAGUGAAUGCGUACUACAUGCCCACCAAGAACGGCAUCGUGUUUCCCGCCGGAAUCCUGCAGGCGCCGUUCUACGCCCACGACCACCCCAAGGCUCUGAACUUCGGUGGGAUCGGUGUGGUGAUGGGACAUGAGUUGACACACGCCUUCGACGACCAGGGGCGGGAGUACGAUAAAGAGGGGAACCUGCGGCCCUGGUGGCAGAACAGCUCUGUGGCGGCGUUCUCGGAGCGGAGUCGCUGUAUGGAGGUGCAGUACCAAAACUACAGCGAGAACGGAGAGAACGUGAACGGAAAACAGACGCUCGGAGAGAACAUGGCCGACAAUGGAGGGCUGAAGGCGGCCUAUCGGGCAUACCGGUCGUGGGUGCAGAGACACGGGGAGGAGAAGCUUCUUCCUGCGGUGAACCUCACCAACGACCAGCUCUUCUUCGUGGGAUUUGCUCAGGUGUGGUGUUCAGUCCGGACUCCGGAGAGCGCUCACGAGGGUUUGGUGACGGACCCUCACAGUCCUCCGCGUCUGCGCGUCAUCGGGACCCUCGCCAACUCGCCCGAAUUCAGCCGCCAUUUCCAGUGCCCGCUGGGGUCGCCCAUGAACCCCGGGCGCCGCUGCGAGGUGUGGUGAGCCGAACGCUCCAAUCACAGCGCGCCACCUCAGAAACUCCUCCCACAAACUCAGAGGAAACACACGCCCUCCCUGUGUGUCAGGUCCCCUCCUGUGUGUCAGGUGCCCUCCCUGUGUGUCAGGUGCCCUCCCGUGUGUCAGGUGCCCUCCCUGUGUGUCAAGUGCCCUCCCGUGUGUCAGGGGCCCUCCCUGUGUCAGGUGCCCUCCUGUGUGUCAGGUCCCCUGCCGUGUGUCAGGUCCCCUCCCUGUGUGUCAGGGGCCCUCCCUGUGUGUCAGGGGCCCUCCCUGUGUGUCAGGGGCCCUCCUGUGUGUCAGGUCCCCUCCCUGUGUGUCAGAGGCCCUCCCUGUGUGUCAGGUCCCCUCCCUGUGUGUCAGGGGCCCUCCCUGUGUGUCAGGUGCUCUCCUGUGUGUCAGGUGCUGUCCCUGUGGCAGGUGCAGAUUGGAGGCGGGACUUACACUGGAUUGCACCAAUAGGAAGUGUCUUACAGGACUGUGGACCAAUCACAGAGCAUGUUUUUGGACUCGUUUUGGACCAAUUGUGUGUUUUUAUUUAAGUGAAGGAGCCAAUGAGAAGUGCCAAAUGGACUCAGGGGCGGGGCCAGCGCUGGCGGCCAAUCAGGUGACAGGAGUAGAUGUGAUGUAUUUUUAGACUGAAAUAUUUAAUUUAAUGUGACUCCUGAGAACCCCAGAGGACCUCAGAAGACCCCAGAGGACCUCAGAGGACUCCAGAAGACCUCAGAGGACAUCAGAAGACCCCAGAGGACCUCAGAGGACCCCAGAGGACUCCAGAAGACCUCAGAGGACUCCAGAAGACCCCAGAGGACCCCAGAGGACCCCAGAGGACCUCAGAGGACCCCAGAGGACCUCAGAAGACCCCAGAGGACCUCCGAAAUCGUCUAAACUCUGAGUUUUGUCGAGAUUCUGGAGUCGAAUCAGAGAAAAGAUCAAAUCCAAAUUUUGUGAUUUUUACCUUUUGGACAUUUCACAGUAAAACUGUUAUUCACAAGAAACUCGGCCCCAGACCCCGGGGUCUGUGACAUCAUCACGUUCUACCACGGACCCCGGGGCCCCAGUCUGACGAUUUACAAACACAAAGUCGAGUUUUAAAUAAAUUUAAUUCUGAAAAAAAUGAAGACGUUUGAGUCAAAUGAGACGUUUAAUUAUGAAGAGUUACGGAGGGGCCUCUGGGGGCCGCUGCAGGACUCUCUGCGGGGCCCUCUCGGGGUUCCUCUGUGGUCCUCUCACAGGUCCUCUCAGGGGCCCCUCGGUCGGUCCUGUGUGGGUCCUCUGCGGGGCCCUCGGGGGGGGGCCGUGUGUUUGUGUCCCUGUUCGUCUUGUUCUUUUGCCUUUAAAUAUUUAAAUAAACCGACACCACGAGCUUCACUUUGUUUGUGUCA